AUGGAGGUUGGCUAUGAGCCACUCGCAGAGGUGGGGUCGACGCACGGUCUGGAACCCCAGCAAGCGGAACCCAGCUCCAUUUCGGCAUCCAAUCCCGGAGAAAAUGCAUUCCCUCCAGAAACGAUUCAAGAGGAAUGCCUCCGGUUGUGCCGGGAGCAGGGUGUGGAGGAACUGAGAAAGCUUAAACAGGGAAAACUGUCAAUAGAGCGCUGCAUUGAGAAAUACCAGGCCUUGGCGAACCGAAGUCCUAUGGUGGAUGCAGAGCUCCUCUAUACUUGGUUUAUAGCGGGGCUAUCCCCCGGAGGAAGGCAAUCAGUAAUUGGCUGGGCCCCGGACAGGGAAAUGAGGGGCGAAAAAGUGGAACUCGCCGACAUGAUGGAGUACCUCCGCAGAAUGGAAAGGAAAAACGCCAAUUCCACGCUCACCACCCAGAAAGCAAGACGGAGACUCUGA